GAAGCAUAACACCAAUAGCCAGGCGUUUUGAAAUUAGUCCUUGUUGUAGUUUUCAAUUUUGAUGAAUACCCUAUUCAUACGUAUCGUGUGACAUAGCGAUGUAAUCGAAGUCAAAAUAUCACAGUGUUAGUGACAAUUUGCGCCUAAAACCUUGGAGUGUCAGUGUUCGCCUUCUUUGAUUCGUUACUGUCAAAAUCAAGUUCACUGUCAUCGCAAUAAGGAAUUCGUUGUGUACAGUUACUGGGGUGAAUAUUUUAGAAAAUGGGGACGAAUAGGAUUGUGAUGCUUCUUGACAUGGAUUGUUUCUACGUUCAAGUUGAGCAGCGUGAAAACCCAGAAACUAUAGGGAAACCAUGCGUUGUUGUUCAGUAUAAUGAAUGGAAAGGUGGAGGGUUAGUCAUUUUAUUUUUUUUCCUCUUAACAUUUAAAUCCUAUUUCUAGAGCCCUUGCAGUUAGUUAUGAAGCAAGAGCUUUAGGUAUCAAGCGUGGAAUGUUCGGGGAUGUAAUUCGUGCACAAUAUCCAGAUACUAUUAUGUUCAAGGUUCCAGAAAAGAGAGGUAAAGCAGAACUAACGAAAUACCGUGUCGCUGGAUCGGAAGUUAUUCAGUGCAUAUCUGAAUUCACAAAAGAUAUCGAAAGAGCUAGUAUUGACGAAGCGUAUGUCGACCUUACUGAUAUUGUAGAUUCAACCUUAACUCGAGAUGAGGAUGUAUCAUUACUGAAACCAAAUUCAGAAUCAUUUGUGGUGGCGAACAGUGAUAUUGCCGAACAGUCAAAUUUAGAGCUUACUGGAACUAAUUGUCUCCCACUGAAUGGUGUCGAUUGGAUAGAGUUAUUAGACUCUAACUUUGCUGAAGGAAGGCGAUUAGCUGUUGCAUCUGGACUAGUAUACAAUAUUCGUCAAGCUAUUUUCAAAAAGACAGGUUUCAAAUGUUCCGCUGGAAUAGGUCCUAAUAAAUCUAUCGCGAAAUUAGCCUGUAGUUUGAACAAACCGAAUAAGCAAACAUUAAUUCCGCAUGAAUCGAUUCCUGUCCUUCUUGAAAAUACACCAAUCAGUAAAAUACGAAAUUUAGGUGGUAAAUUAGGAAGUGCUGUGAUUAAACAAUUCAACAUUGAAACACUCGGUCAAUUGAGUACAGUUCCGAUGUCAUUGCUUACAAAAGAAUUCGGGGAAAAGACAGCAAUAUGGCUUCAUGAUUUAUCUCGUGGUAUUGAUCAUGAAUCAGUUGUCUCUCGAUCACUUGCACAGUCUGUUGGAUGUAGUAAAAAUUUUAUGGGACGUGCAAUGCUAACAACAAGUGAACAAAUAAAACGUUGGUUAUUAUGCCUUACAGAAGAAUUAUACGAAAGACUAGAUGAUGAUUAUAAUCAAAAUCAACGUUAUCCUACACGAUUAAUUGUUUACGCGCGUACUGCAAAUAAUUUAAACUAUUCUGGUGGUAUCUCGCGUACACUACCAUCGAAUCUACUACAAUUUAUUGGUUAUAAUAGUAAUAAUAAUGAGAAUUGUAAUAUCGAUAAAUCUACAUUGGAUGACAAUGAUAAUAAUAGUAACUUGGAUUCUAAUGUAUUGAAUUCAAUGAAAUAUUCAAGUCAUAUUGAAAAACUUGCAAAUGUUGCUGUAUCAACAUUGAAAGAUGUAUUUUAUAAAGGAGAAGCACCAGAGAUUUGGGAUCCUGGUAUAACGUGUUUAGGACUUACAGCUGGAAAGUUUACUACUAAUCCAUGCGUAUCAAAUCUUGACAUACGUUGCUUGUUACAAAAGAAGCAACAACAACAACAAGAAGUAUCAGAUGCUAAUUGUGUUGCACAACAAGAAUCUGUACCUGUUCCUCUGCCUUCUACUGACAAUAAUGUGUCGUCUUCCUCGAUGUCUACUAACCCCACAUACUCCUCCUCCUGCUCGUCAACAUCUUCUGAUAAAAAAGCUGAUCUGGCCAGUGUUCCAUCUGAGAAUAAACGUGCAUCUCCCAAUGAUACUGACAAUAAUAAUAAUAAUAAUAAUAGAAAUAAUUCUGUGUCAUUUUUCAAACGUUUACGAGUGGCUGAGAUUUCAGCUCCAUUUCACCCAAUCAUAUCUAGCGUUGACACCACCGUCACCAACACCACCACGACCACUAAUGCUACAACUAACAGUUUACAAUCUGAUCAUGCUUUAGAGAAUGAUAUUUACAAAUCCUUAGACAAAUCUCCACCGUGUCUAGACGUUGAUUCCGAAUCACGUCAUUCAUCCACAUCAGAUUCAAACAGCUUUUUCACUUCAUAUUCAGUUGCUGAUUGGAUUAUCUGCGAUAAGUGUAAUUCACGUGUAUCUGUAUGGCAAAUCCCUGAACAUGAAGAUUUUCAUAUUGCUCAACGUAUACAACAAGAAUGGAAAAAUGAAGCAGUGAGUAGUUCAGCGAAGGCGUCAAUAAUAACAAAUAACAACAGCACUAGUUCACUUUUGAAUAAAACCACCUCAUCCAAAGUGAAAUCUCAGUCAAAACCGAUGGUGAAAAAACAAGUUAAACAACAGAAGUCAUCAACACUUCAGACAAUAGAUAAAUAUUUUUAUAAAGCAUCUUAAAAAAAUUGGGAAAUCUGCUCGGCAUUUAUUAUUUAAGAGUACGAUUAUAAUCAUGAUUUUAUACUAUUGUGACUAUCUUGCUAUUAUUAUUAUGAUUAUUAUUAAAGAGGGAUGUUAGAAAGCGCAUGCGGCUUGAAUUCAAUCCAAUUUUAUGGCGGUAAAUAUUAUUUAUUAGUCAGGCUUCAGAGUUAAAUGCAUCAAAUUGCAUAUUCAUCGCUUCAGGCUGGUAUAUAUAUAUAUGUAUAUCUAUGGUCUCCCGUUGUAUGAGAAAUGCUUCGUUUUUACCUGUAUCCUAAUGGUGAUGCUCAUUCGAAAUGAAGGUAUUUGGGUGGGGGAUGUAGUAUGUUAUCGCCCUCAAAAUGUUUGUGAAUAUUACAUUUAAUGGUAUUUCUUGUCAUGUUAUGAAUAUGUGUUUUAUUUAAUGUUUUCGCAGAAAUAAUGUGAUUUUUAUACUUUAUUUAUUUAUUUAUCUAUUUAUUUAUUUGGAAGUCUCUGGAAAUGGAAAAUACAUUGCUCCUUCUUAUUUUUAUUUAUUUACUUAUUUUUUUACUAUUGUUAUGUAAUGUACUUACUAUAAAUGUUUUUAUUUUGUUGUUUGUUUUGCAUUUUGCAUUCACUGUGAGAAGAAUAUUUUCAUUUGAAGAGAGAAAAAUGUUUCUACAGAAUAUUUAUACUUGUGGUCUGCUUUUUAAUUAUUUAUACUUUUCAAUAUAGCGAAAAUAUUCAUUCAAACAUCGAUAAAACACAAAAUAAUUGAGCAAAGAAUAU